AUGAAGCCGAAACUGCUCAAUUUGCUGGCGAAGCAGGUUCAUCCGCCGCUGCCCAAGUCUGCGCGCGAGAACCAGCAGCUUUUCAACAUGAUCACCUCGACGUUCCGCCGCCAUCUCGACAACGAGCACCCCCCAACCGGCUCCCAGGAUUCCGGCAAUCACAAGGCCAACGCCAUCAGUGCAUCCGGGCCUAGAGCAACGGAGCAGCAUAUGAAGUUGAUACUGGAGCAUCCGCUGUUCAACAAGGUCCCGUCAACGCUAGCUAAGCAGGAUAAGCAUGUACAGAAGCGUGGGAGGAAGCACCAUGGCCCCUUCGGUGCAUUGGAGGAUGCCAUGGCGUCAGGCAGAGCAACCCCCGACCUCUUGCACGGAUGUCUCAGGGCCCAUAGACUGUUACUACGCAAGCACUCAGGUGCAGAUGCCAUUCAGGCCAUCAAGGAGUCCCAAGGUGGCGGACGUAUCAUCUCCUGGUUCCUAGGCGCUGAUCAGCAGGCGAGGGACCAAUUCUUUGGAAACAGACACACCAUGGCUCUAGUAAUGCCGUACCUCGCCGUCCAGGACCUAUCGCCCGAGGUGCUAAAGUGGCUAGAGCUCACUAGGACGCACCAUGCGGCUCAUCAGUCCGAACCCGCUCGUGAUCUCAGUUUCGGCGAGCUCAACAUCCUAUAUGAAUACGUGGCUGCCGAAGUAAAUUACGGCAAGGGAAUCGAGGGGGCGCUAUCAUUCUUCCUAGAGGCCUUUUCUGCCUGGUCGGAAGGGCAGAAACUUGCGCGCAGCCAGAAGGUGGGCCGUCCCCCGCCCUCAUUCCGCCCAGCAACGUAUUUUCUUGCGCAGUGGAUUUUAAAUCCAGAGAAUGCGUCGGCGGUCAAAAAGAUCGACCCGCAAAUAUUUGACAGCUUCCACACUGUCUGUGUGUCACUGCCUAACCAAAUUUGGGCGGCCUUUUUACCCAUAUAUCAUCCUACUAAACCCGACCCUACAUCCCCAAUCAAGUACAUAAGAUACCUGAAUGUAUCUGGUACUGUGUAUAGCAAUCCAGAUCGACUGCUCCGUCUUUCGCUCGAGGCGGCAUCCCUGUGUCUUAAACAGAGACAGUACGGUCCUGCUUCUGAAUUUAUUCGUAUAUCGAAGAGGAUGCUACCGGAUAACAGUACGACAGCCAGCACGACGGCUAGCACAACGGCUAGCACAACAGUCAGCACUGCUGCGAAGAAGGAGCAAAAGGAACCGGCUUCCCCGACCAGUGAUCUCCUCGAUGGUUUGAUUCUUGCGUGA